AUGAGUGAAAUUGAAGUUAAAAAUAUUGUGGACACAAUGACGGAGAUAAUAAGUGAAAAUAUAUAUCCAAAACGGAAGAAAUCAAUAAUUUUUGCAAUUCUAAUUUGUGGAAUUUCAAUAUUGAUAUUUAUUUUAUUAAAUUACAUCAAAAAACAGCCAACAAAGUUUCUAUUGCCUCGGGAUCAUGAGCUUCAAAUAAAUUACGAUCCACUGAGGUUUGAAGUUCCGGGAAAAAUGAAGAAAAUUACAAAAAUUGAGGAGAAUAAUGUAGAAGCUGAAAUAAAUUUAAAAGCUGCAAUUGAACUGAAAAAAGCAGGAAAAUUCGACAAGGCUUACAAAGUCUUUCAACAUUCACUGUCACUAGCACCAAAUAAUCCAAGAAUUUUAACAGAAUUUGGUUUAUUUUUAGAGCAACGUGACAUAAUAAAAGCUGAUCAUUUUUAUCAUCGCGCAAUUUCUUUUGAUCCAAAUUAUGAACGAGCACUUGAGAGGCGCCAAAUGACAGCAGCCGUUGUCCAAUCAAUUGAUGAGGAACGACUACGUCGACUAGAUGAAAAACGUGAUUUAUUGUCACAAGUUGAUGCAAGAGGUGCUGCAAUGAAACGAGCUACAAAAGAGGCCUACAUUCUUCAUAUUUACCAUUCAGUUGGUAUUGAGGGCAACAGUAUGACAUUAGCUGAGACUAGAUCAGUACUUGAGACACAUAUGGCAGUUAGUGGAAGAAGUGUAGAGGAACAUAAUGAAAUUCUUGGACUGGAUUCAGCUAUGAAAUAUGUAAAUGCUACGCUUGUUAAAAGUGAAGUUUUAACCCUCAAUGACAUUCUUGAGAUCCACAAACGAGUUCUUGGACACGUCGAUCCAAUUGAAGGUGGAAUGUUCAGACGAAAUCAGGUCUAUGUAGGCUCACAUAUUCCACCCAAACCAUCACAAUUGAACAUGUUGAUGGAUGAUUUUCUUCAAUGGUUAAAUUCAGACUAUACAAAUGAGCUACAUCCAGUGAAACAAGCUGCAAUUGCACAUUACAAAUUGGUUCAUAUUCAUCCAUUUAGUGAUGGUAAUGGACGAACGUCAAGGCUGUUGAUGAAUACAAUUCUAAUGAGAUAUGGAUUUCCACCUGUUGUUAUUCAGAAGCAACAAAGACUUCAAUACUACAACUACCUCCAAAUGGCAAACGAGGGUGAUAUCCGACCCUUCAUCCGUUUUAUUGCAGAGUGCACCGAGAAAACAUUAGACUUAUAUCUUUGGGCAACCAGUGAGCUCCCAUAUCAAGUUCCUUUACUAGCUGAAAAAGAAACAAUCGAUGAACAUUCCGCAUUGAUAUUGGAUGGAAAUGAUGAAAAUUCAGGAUCUGGUGGUGAAGCUAUAAGAUUAUGA